ACGCUGAAGCCUGAGGAGUUUGUCGCGGCGUCCGCUGCUGAUUCGGACUGGAGGAGAAGCGCGGAGGCCGCGAUGUGCGUGACGUCCAUGUCUUCGAAUUCGGUCUGGAUCGAAGCGAAUCUGACAACUGUGCAAUCGCCAAAGGCUCAAGAAGAAGCUCUGCCCGUUGCCGUGGUUUGGUCGGUCCCGAUCUUUGUCGUCCGGAUCCGGAGCUCGAUCUGGGACAGAGCGAGCGAUUGAUUGGACGGACUGUCAAAGAAGCGGUUCUGCAGAUGCUGGUCUAACUUUGAGCGUUGAUUAUAAAUUCCACAAUGCAAAUCCGUGGGCUCUCCACGUUACUUUGCCGCACUUCCCGACGUCUAAGCAGCAGGAAUUAUGCAUCCCUCGCUUUUGCUUCCGUUCAUCCAAACGAAAUCUCGGGUCAACAUCCAGCUGAUGUGAAGAAUCUCGUUGGAGGCAAGUGGAGUGGGUCGUCCAAAUUCGAUACACUUGUGGAUCCACUUAAUGGUCAGAAUUUCAUCAAAGUGCCAAACACCUCGCAGUCGGAAGUGCAGCCUUUUAUUGCGAGUUUGCAGUCAUGCCCCAAAUCGGGUCUUCACAAUCCGCUAAAAAAUCUGGAAAGGUACUUAUUGUACGGGGAUGUGUCUGCCAAGGUUGCUAAUGCUUUGAGACACCCGAAGCUUGCAGAUUAUUUUGCAAGGCUUAUCCAGCGAGUGUCGCCGAAGAGUUAUGCUCAAGCCGAAGGGGAGGUGAUGGUGACUCAAAAGUUUUUUGAAAACUUCUCAGGAGACCAGGUCCGCUUUUUGGCUCGUUCUUUCACUGUCCCUGGUAAUCACUUAGGUCAGCAAAGCAUUGGGCUUCGUUGGCCUUACGGCCCUGUUACCAUAAUCACCCCAUUCAACUUCCCCCUGGAAAUUCCUGCUUUGCAACUUAUGGGAGCCCUUUAUAUGGGCAACAAACCACUGCUGAAAGUGGAUAGCAAGGUUAGCAUUGUAAUGGAGCAGAUGUUGAGACUGCUUCAUGACUGUGGCAUGCCCCUGGAAGAUGUGGACUUUCUCAACUCCGAUGGGCCAGUAAUGAACCACGUUUUGGUCGAGGCAGAACCAAAAAUGACAUUGUUUACUGGAAGCUCAAGAGUAGCAGAGAAGUUGGCGGGGGAUUUGAAAGGGCGAAUCAAGCUCGAAGACGCUGGAUUUGACUGGAAAAUUUUGGGUCCUGAUGUUCAGCAGGUGGAUUAUGUAUCCUGGGUUUGUGAUCAAGAUGCGUAUGCGUGUAGUGGACAAAAGUGCUCUGCUCAGUCGAUUUUGUUCAUGCAUGAGAACUGGACAAAAGCAGGAGUUGUUGACAAGUUGAAGACUUUGGCUAAAAGAAGGAAACUCGAAGACUUGACCGUCGGCCCGGUUCUUACGGUUACGACGAAGCGCAUUUUGGAUCACAUAGAAAGCCUUUUGAAAAUUCCUGGAUCAAAGAUAGCGUUUGGGGGGAAGCCUUUGUCGAACCACACUAUCCCUGAAAUAUAUGGAGCCGUGGAACCCACUGCUGUCUAUGUUCCUCUCAAAGAAAUUCUCAAGGCUAAAAAUUUUGAUCUUGUAACUACGGAAAUUUUCGGCCCAUUUCAGGUAAUAACGGAGUACAAGACUGCUGAGUUGCAUCUUGUUUUGGAGGCAUGUGAGAAGAUGCAUGCCCAUUUGACAGCAGCAGUGGUUUCCAACGAUGUCCACUUCCUUCAGGAAGUCUUAGGAAAUACAGUGAACGGAACGACGUACGCAGGUAUCCGGGCACGAACAACUGGGGCUCCACAAAACCACUGGUUUGGUCCAUGUGGCGAUCCACGAGGAGCAGGUAUUGGUACACCGGAGGCCAUUAAGCUGGUUUGGUCAGCCCAUAGAGAGAUCAUCCAAGACGUAGGCCCUGUAGGUAGUGGAUGGAAGACACCUCCAUGUACCUGAUAUGGUUGUCUCUCCAAUGUACUUAGAUUGUGAAGGUGGACUCAGUCGGUGUAUUCGAUGGAGGCCUUGCAUUCCAGAUCUUGCAGUUGAGACCUAUGAGUCUGUCAAACUUUACUGCUACUUCUACUGUAGCUUGGGUGCAUUGAACAUAGGUGGACUGGAUCAUCCUGGAUACUGCAAAGAACAGACUAGGACGAAGAGUUCAGGGAGGGGCAAUCAACAGUUAAUCCUGUUGUGUCUCAAGAAUUACAAGUCUAGUCCCUUAUGUAUAUCAGGAAAUUCUUGUCUCGGCAAGGGUCUUGCUGAAGGCCUGUGGCAAACCGGUUGGCGUACUGUGUAAAUUAGUACCGGUCUAACAGAGACCAUGACAGUCUCGAAAUGCCAUUGAAUUUUAAGUGAGAAAUUCAUUACUUGAAAACUGUAAAGUCGGAGAGGGUAACUUUUCAACUUGUUUUUGUUAUUUCCUCAUGCUCAGUACUUUGAAGAAACUCUUCACAUUAAUGAUGAACUCAUCCAGAUGCUUGUGUAU